GGGAAGCCAUCGUCCCAUUUGAUCGCUGCCGCCAUUUGGAGCUAAGAUAGAGAGGAAGAAGAUCGAGGGUUUGUUAGUUUUUGUGGCCCGGAAGAACAAUGGCUAUGGCGGGCAUGGUUGCUCUUCCCAGAGUGUUCUUGUCACACAGGCACACCGCAUUGCCGACCGCUUGCUCGAGCUCCAACGGCAAUCCCAGCGCAGCCGCGGGGGCGACGACGAUCGCGUCCAAGAGCUUGACGCUUCACGUUGGCGAGACGUCCAUCACAAUGCCGAUGUCGAUGGACAAGGCGCGAGCGCUGAGCGGGACGAUGGAGGCAUUGAUCCAGACGUUCCGGGAGAAGCAGCAGGCGCACGAGGAAGGAGGGCGGCCCAAGAGGCUCAAGAGCGUCGAGUUUGCAUACAGCGCUGGCGAUGGUGGCGAUGGUGGCGAUGGCGAGGAGGUGGGAUUCGAGCUGUUUUGCAAUCCCAAUGCCUACGCCAACGCGUUCCAGGCCAAGGUGCUGGUGAGCGUGAGCGAUGGCAAGCUGAGCUUGAGCGCCGAGGCGGAUCUAAGCACCAUCAAGGCCGACGUCGAUGGAUUCCUCGACAGUCUUGGCUAGAGUUUUGGGAGUUUAGGUGGUGUCACUCUCGUACUGUUCACGAUAAAGGGAGAGAGAGAGAGACUCAAGCUCUCUCGUAACCCUUUGGUUUUC